AUGAGUUCGGAUAUCGAUCUCCAUCAAAUGAUAUUUACAUUAGCUGUAUCUACAAGUCCUUCCAUUACGAAUAGCACUUGUUCUUAUGACUUUGGAGCAAAGCGUUCAUUAUCACUUCACAGCAAAUCUAGUGUCGAUGUAGCGUCAAUUUCUGAAAAUGCUCCGGCUACACUUUCAUUCCAUAAUAUCAAUUAUAUUAUUGAAGCCAAAGCAGAAUCAAGCAAACGAUGUUGGAAAAAUCGAACUUUUCCAUUCUUCAAAGCUCGCGAACCGAAACAAAUUCUAUUCGAUUUAUCAGGAAAAUUCAUGAAUGGAAUGAAUGCUAUACUCGGUCCUUCUGGAUGUGGAAAAUCAUCAUUACUUGAUGUUCUAGCUGAUAGAAAAGAUCCGAAAGGCAUGUCCGGAUUUGUACUAGUCGACAAUGAACCACGUCAUCCAUCUUUUAGAUACACGGUCGGCUAUGUCGUUCAAGAAGAUAUUUGCAGUGGUACAUUAACAGUUCGUGAAAAUUUGUGUUUUUCAAUUAAUCUUCGUAUGCCAAAAGAAGUACCAACAACUGAAAAAAACGAUCGUGUUUCUCGUAUUAUUAGUGAACUUGCUCUUGAAGCUUGUGCUGAUACGCGUGUAGGUACAGAAUUUCUUCGAGGUGUUUCUGGUGGUGAAAAGAAACGAACUUGUAUUGGCAUGGAAUUAGUUUUAUCGCCCAAGAUCUUGUUUCUUGAUGAACCAACAACAGGCAAGAUUAUAUAA